AGCUUCAUCUGAAGAGGGAACAAGCUGGUGUUAUCACGGUGAUGUAACACACAACGGGUCAUAGGUGUCGAAAUAAAGAGUUGAGGAUUUUUGUGGUACAAGAGGAAGAAGAAGAUGUUCCAUGGCAUGUUGAAGAAGAGGAGGAAGAGGAUGAAGUAGGUGAAGUAGGGGAGAUAUCACUUAAUUAUGUGGGAGGACUUACCACAUCAAAAACCAUGAAAAUCAGGGGUUCGAUUUUGGGGCAUUCAGUAAUAGUCUUGAUUGAUAGUGGAGCUAUACCUAACUUCAUUUCAGCAACGUGGGUUGGCCAAUUGAAGCUGCAGACCACAGAAACUACUAGCUACGUGCAGAAUCACAAGCUGCAGUCAUUAGAUCUACUGUUGCAACAGAGAAGAAUCCUUUCCAGCAGCUAUACAUAUCAGCAUCAGAUCAGCAGCAACGUCCAAAUCUAUUAAAAUGCCACCAGCAAACCUGGUCCCUGGCUUCACCUUCGACGGAAGUGUAUGAACAAGGACCAUUGCGGGAGGAGAAGAAGGCAACGAAGAAGAAAGGGGAAGAGAAUGGGCUGGAAUUGAUGGCUGAAUUUCAGAUAAAAGAAUCUAUGGGCUUGGUUCUGGAAUUGGCCCGACUAGAGGAAGGCAGCAAUGAAGUUGUGAAACAAGCCCAAUUAAAUUUCGGCCCAAAUGGAAGUAAACUUAAUAGGCUCAACCCACCAUUAAGUUACAGCCUACAAUUUUCCUAUAGUCACUUGCUUCUCAAGGUAAAUUCCAAAUCUAUCGCAUCUACUGUACUUCAUCCAGCAACGAUGGCGAGGGAAAUUGAAACUAAAUCCCAGGCAACUACCGAGAGUGUUUAUAUUGCUGCUUUGGCAUUGGGGAUUGCAAGUCAGUGGAUGAACAUACUGAGCGAUGUCGGAGAAGAGGCAAGAAGAGGAGGAACCGACCUGCCGCAUGAUGAAAUCGAGGUGUAUGACUACAAUAAUUUCACAAGGGGGGCAUGUGUAAACAAACUGAAGAAAAUGCUUGCUCCGCUUAUUGCAUAUGCAAGUACGCUGUUUCAAAAAUUAGAUAUUUCGUGGGUAGGGGCAACUGGAUAUGGAAUUGCCCUGAACACUAUAUUGGUGAUAGUUUCUCAACUGAGUAGGUCCGUCCACUUCGAAAGGGUGAAACACCCAUUCUCCGUAGUGACCAUGACUGGAGUUCUUGCAAGGAAAAUGGGGUGGUUACAUGAUGAAUUAACCAAGACAGCAACAACUUCCACCUUGAGGACAAGGUGGAUUUCGAGGCGACGGGUAAUGAUAGAGCCCAAUAAAGACAGAUUCUAGAAUGUUCAAUAGUUAGUUAGUAUGAGGAUAAAAAUGUAAUAGGCUAUGUAAGGAAUUGCCUUUAAAUAGAAGGGAAAAGAACGGUAAAGGCAUGCAAAAUAUUGAGAAGGAUCUAGGAUUAUAGGGGAGAGUAUUGGGUCUCUCGAAUACCCAACUAUCUUUUACUAUUCAGCAAAGUAGAGAUACAGAGAGUUUAUAUAGUUACUGUAAUUCUCAUAUAUUAGA